CUUAUGUCAUCCUGAACCUCUGAAGUGGAAACCCACUCGGCGGGUACAGACGGCAGUCAGUUAAACAUAUUCUCCAACCCGUCGAACGGAGCAAUGGCGACGACGACGACGAUGACGACAGUAGUAGUAGAGGAAGGAAAGCUCCUCAGCGAGUCCCUCAGCACCGUCAAAAUCCAAGUCGGUCAGAUGAAGCGACAUUUGGAUAACGAUGAUAUAAUGGACGCGCUGAAAAGCGCUAGCUUGAUGCUAGCAGAACUCCGGACGUCAUCCUUAUCCCCAAAGCAAUACUACGAACUCUACAUGGCAGUAUUCGACGCCCUAAGACACCUCUCCAACUAUCUCUACGAUGCACACACCCAAUCCCGACACCACCUCGCAGACCUCUACGAACUCGUUCAAUAUGCCGGGAACAUCGUACCGAGGUUGUAUCUCAUGAUCACUGUCGGCGCUGUGUACAUGUCUAUCCCGGAUGCCCCGGUAAAGGAGAUCAUGAAGGAUAUGAUGGAAAUGUCUCGUGGGGUGUUACACCCCAUACGAGGGCUCUUCUUAAGGCACUACCUAAGCGGGCAGACUCGAGACCAUCUCCCAAUCGGCGUCGAUCCAGGACCCAUAGGAAACCUCCAAGACUCCAUCUCCUUCGUCCUAACCAACUUUAUCGAAAUGAACAAACUCUGGGUACGCCUCCAACACCAAGGCCACUCUCGCGACCGUGAAAAACGCGAGAUGGAGCGGCGCGACCUCCGCAUCCUCGUCGGCACUAACCUCGUCCGGCUCUCCCAACUCGAUGGCGUUGACCUAGAGAUGUACAGACACAGCAUCCUCCCUGCUAUAUUGGAACAAGUCGUUAAUUGUAAAGAUGUGAUCGCGCAGGAGUAUUUGAUGGAGGUUGUUAUUCAGGUAUUCACGGACGAAUUCCAUUUACAUACCCUCGGCCCGUUCCUAUCAGCUACAGCCCAACUUCAUCCAAAGGUGAACAUCAAGCUGAUUGUGAUUGCGCUUAUCGACCGGCUAGCUGCAUAUGCUGCUCGCGAGGCUGAGAACGAAGACCCUGAGGAGACAAAACGCCAGGAAGAAGCUGCUGCUCGGAGACUUGCGGAUAAGGUGAAAGUUCAGAAGGCUCGGGUAAGGGAGAAUGGUGCUGCUGCUGUACCGACCUCGGCGGAGGAUGCUUGGGAUAGUGCUGUUGCUGAUACGGAGAAAAGCAUGGCUGAGAUGGAGGUUGGUGCGGGAACGGCUACUACUACGGCUACGAAUGGCGUUUCGGCUGAGGAGCAUGACGGAUCGCCUGUUCGGAAAUUCAGAGGUGUUCCACAGAACGUCCAGUUGUUUGAGGUGUUUUGGAAACAAGUAGUGGAGCUUAUCAAAGCGCGACCGGACUUGUCGAUACAGGAUAUCACCGCACUGCUUGUAUCCCUCACCAACCUAUCGCUAAGCUGUUAUCCCGAUAGGCUAGAAUACGUGGACCAAAUCCUUGGCUUUGCGCAUGAAAAAAUCAAGGAGUUCUCAGAAAGGCAUGUAGCACCUAUAAAUUCCUAUCAGUCUGUCCUCACAGUCCUCGCAAUUCCCCACUACGUUCCCCUGCUCUCCCAGCAACUAUUCUCGACAAGACGGUCAAUCGCCAAUUCCGUGAUUUCGAGCGUACUCAAGAACGAAACGAUUAUUGAGGCGCCGGAGGAUGUGGAUGGGGUCUUGGAGCUUUGUCAUGUUUUGAUCAAGGAUCAGACUGAUUCUGCUGCACCGCAGGGUAGCGCUGGAGCCAAGGAAAUCAGGAGACAGGGACCGUAUCAUACCGAAAGGGAGGAUCUAGCAGAAGAACAAGGUUGGGUUGCACGAAUGGUGCAUCUGUUCCGCGCGGAUUCGCUGGAUAUCCAAUUUGAUCUGUUACAAAUGGCUCGAAAACAUCUCGAAGCUGGUGGCGAGCGGAUGCGCUAUACGUUCCCUGCACUUAUCACUUCCAGCAUUAAGUUAUGUAGACGGUAUAAAAACUGUGAACAUCUUGAGGAAGGCUGGCAAGACAAGGUCAACACGAUACUCAAAUUCGCUCGACAGUGCACCUCCAUCCUUGCCACCCAGGUCGACGCCCCAGCACUCGCACUGAGGUUAUUCCUUCUCGCAGCACAGAUCGCAUCAGAAUGCGGCUCUGGGUUCGAAGACCUCGCCUACGAUUUCUACGUGCAAGCUUUCUCGGUAUACGAAGACAGUAUCUCAGAAAGCAGAGCACAGCUUGCUGCUAUCACCCUUAUCAUCGGCACUCUUCAAGGCGCGAGGGUAUUUAAUAUCGAUGGGUAUGAUACACUAAUAACGAAGGCUGCGUUGCAUGGUGCGAGGUUGUUGAAAAAACAGCAUCAGGCGACGGCGGUACAUGCCGCUAGUCAUCUGUGGUGGCAAGAGCCUGUGUUAGAGGAGGGUGAGGUUGAUGGACCUGCUGUAAAGGAAGAGGAUGGUGAAGGUUACCCGCAUCAGGACAGUAAACGUGUACUGGAAUGCCUCCAGAAAUCACUACGCAUAGCAAAUUCUGCUACGGAGGAGAUAGUUACCGUCCAGCUUUACUGCGACACGCUUGAUCAAUAUUUGUAUUAUUUCGACCGGGGCGCGCCUGCAAUCGCACCUAAAUUUAUAGUAUCACUUGUUGAACUCAUCGCCUCCUCCAUUGACACGAUCACAUCGCCAUCCUCAUCUUCCUCAUAUCUCCACCCCUCACAAAGAAUAGAGGGCGUCGCGACGCCCGAAGUGAUCACUCGACACUUCCGCAAUACCCUGGCGUACAUCCACGCGAAGAAAACGGCGGAAAACCCAGGACAAUGGGAUGAAGUCGAGGUAGUGGGGGCAUUCCUAAAGAUGGGCAUCACGCGGUAGCGGCUGCGUGUUUCACUGAUGUGGUUCGUUUGUACGUCGCGGUACUUACUUAUCUUAAUGCCAGGUUGAACGUUGACUUUGGUUACUACUCUGCUGUUGACUUGAAGCAUCGUGGAUUUGUAUAUGAUACCUUUUACUUUCGUGGGCGCCUUUGAGAUGGACAUUUGAACGAUUUUGCGAUAAACGAUAAACGACGUCUUACGUAACACGAUAAACUUGACUUUCCA